AUGUGGGACAUGACACCCGAGGACACGGCCAGAGCCACACACUUCUUCAUCGACCUGAGUCGCAAAGAUCACAGGGAUCCCAACCGUUUCAAACACCGGGAUGUGCCCACUAAGCUGGUGGCCAAAGCAGUGCCUCUCCCCAUGGCGGUCCGAGGACACUGGUUCCUCAGCCCCUGCACGGACUAUUGUGUUGCUGUGCAGACUGCUGUGCGACAGGCAGAUGGGGAUUAUCUGGUCUCGGAGUGGAGUCCAGUGGUGGAGUUCUGCACUGGAGACUAUGCCGUUGAGCACCUGCAGCAGCUCCAGGAGAAGGCGAAGGGCACUGCUGGGAGACUGCUCAAAUUCUCUGUGUUUUACCGUAAUCAGCACCCAGAGUAUUUCAACCACGUCAGAAAGGAGUGUGGUGGGUGGAUGCACCCAGCUCUCAAAGACAACAGUGGAAGCCACGGUUCUCCUGUCAAUGGGAAGUUACAUGGGGUCUUCUUCAGCUGCAACACUGAGUUUGACACUGGCCUCCCUCCUAAAGACUCUCCUUAUGGCCCACUGCGCUUCCAGAUCCCCGCCGAACACUUGCUCAAUCACAACAUAAGUCUAUAUUUUGCAGAUUUUUACUGCAUGUACACAGCUUACCAUUACGUGGUGCUGGUGCUGGCUCCGGUGGGCUCAGAGGGGGAUAACUAUUGUCGAACCCGACUCCCCAUGCUGGACUUGGCCUCCAACCCUUUCCUCACGUACACUCCCCCUCAGACGCCUGGAGAGGAGCCACUGUUCUGCCAUGCCAGCGGUGCAAUCCUUGAGGUGCUUUUUACUGAACCAGUGCAUGUGGAUCAGGGAACAGUGGAGCAGAUCAGCGGUCACCAGCUCAUGAGUCUGACCACAGCCAACGCUAAGAAAGACCCAAGCUGCAAAGUGUGCAACAUUAGUGUGGGACGUUGA